AUGUUUUUUGCUAAGAAAGAGUUGGCUGCGCAUGUUCCAAAAGGUCAUGUCUCUCAGACUAUGGCUUGUCAUUUGAGUCGAGAUCUUAUAGGAAAGAUAGCUCCACGUGAUGUCGUUGAAUUAUUAGGAAUCCUUCUUCCUCAUCCUUACUUUGGUUUUACAGCAUUUCGUGCCGACUUAGUUGUAGAUAUAUACUUGGAGGCCAUGUGUGUCACUCAUUUCAAGAAAAAUAUGAUAAGUAAGCCUUCUCCAUUUGAAGAACAUGCACGUUUUUUUAUUGGUCAGUUGUGGGGACUUUUUAUCGAAGUAAAUGAUGAUUUGGUUUAUCUGCUCAAUUCUACUGCAAGUAUGAACUCAAAGGAGAUGAAGAAAAUACUUAGCUUGUUUAAUAAGCAGAGGAGGGAAUUUUUCUGCAAUCCAAGUAAUGGAACAUUUCUACAUCAAUUGCAAGCAUUUGGGACACUGGAAGAGUUCCUUUCUACUUUUAAUGAAGCAAGACAUGGGUUUAUCAGAAAGCAACAGCUGCUCUUGGGCAUUAGACGAGACAGGCAACCUACCAAUCUUUCAUCAUCUGUACUGUCAAGUGACAGUAUGCAUAUUGGAAUCCUCGCUGCAGCGGCACAUGCUGCUGCAAACAAUAGCCUCUUCACUGUUUUUUGUAAUCCAAGGGCUAGUCCAUUAGAGUUUGUUGUCCCUUUGGCCAAGUGCUAUAAGGCAGUUUACAGCAACCAAAUCUCACCAGGGGUCAAUCACAUGCGCCUUAGGAUAAUGUUGGAAAUUGAAGAUCGUCUGAUCUGCAGGUAUAUGGGUAAAAUUACAGGAAUCAAUGAUCUGGAUCCUGUAAGAUGGAAUAACUCACAAUGGCGCAAUUUGCAGCCAUGAAUAGUUGGUUGGGAUGAGUCAAAGGCUGGAGAAAGGCGUAAUCGUGUCUCAAUUUGAGAGAUUGAAGCAGUGACUGCUCUGUUUUUUCUCUGCCCUACUCCAUUCUUGAGAUCCAAGCAUCCAAGACAACCAGGAAUGCCAGACGGCUUGCAAAUACCUCAGCCAAACGACUUGCAGUUUAAUUCCCAGAGGUCACCACAGAAAGUUCAACAGAUUGGUCAGCUGCCACAGCUUCCAUCAACCAUGAACCAAUUAGGCUCCAUUAUACCGCCACCACAACAAUUAGGUGAUAUAACUCAACAAUCAAGGCAAAAUAUGAUUACUCAAACUUUAUCCCCGGGUCAAGUUCAGGUCCAAAUGCUUCAGCCACACAAUCUUGUACAAAACAAUAAUAUUCUUCCGCGGCAACCAUCUAUUCAAAACCCUCCACUUCCAAUUAAUAUUCCCAAACAUGUUAUGGGCCAGAACCAACCGCAAAACCUUAUGCAGUCCCAGCUUCCUGAUCAAGCAAACCAACAUUUACAUAUGUCUGACAAGCAGCAGAUUCAGCUUCAGCUGUUGCAGAGACUUCAGCUACAACAACAAUCACUUUUAGCACAGCAGUCUGCACUUCAACAGCCUGCUCAACUUGCUCAACUCCAAGAUCAGCAAAGACAACUUUUGGAUGUUUCCCAGAGCUUUUCUAGGUCUGUGACGGCCACCCAAAUGCUGGACAUGCCGCAAACGACACCCACCUCACUCCCUCAGGCCAAUGUUACCUCACAGCAAAUAACUAAGGGUAAUAACAUGACAAAUGUUCGAUUUUCCUAUUCCUAUCCUCCACAGCAACUGAAACUUCAGCAACAGCAGACUGGUCUGCUGCUUGAAAUGCCUGGACAUGUGGCUCCCCUCCCAGCCCAAAUUAGUAAUCAACAUUCAACAGCUGGUGGUAGUGUAUUAACAGGAGCUGUAGGAGCAGGGCAUUCUGUGAUUACUGAUGAUGUUCCUUCUUGUUCCACUUCACCGUCCGCAAACAACAGUCAAAAUUUGAUUCAACCAAUGGCAAAUAGUAGGCCCAAUCGGAGCAUGGCAAUGGGAGAGGACAUAGCUCAGUCUGCCUCAACUCUCUUGAGUACCAGUGGUUUGGAAACCAUAGCACCUGGCAUUAACUUGGUCAAAGAUUUUCAACCCAAAACAGAUAUUAAGCCUUCAUUGAACAUCUCUAAGAAUCAAAACCAAGGUUUUUUUUGCCCCACAGACAUACCUACAUGUACAUCUUCCCAGGCUGAUUAUUUGGAUACGUCUUCUUCAACUUCAGUUCGCCUUUCUCAGAAUGAUGUCCAUAUACAACAGAACAACAGUUUGUCAUAUAAUCCUUUGAGAGACACAAGCCAAGAUGGGGAAGUUCAGGCAGAUCCCAGGAGCAAUGUUCCAUAUGGGAGUAAUAUUGAUGGCCCAUUGGUUUUACCCAAUCAUGACCCGUUGCUAACAAAAAGCAUGGGCGUGGGGAAGGAUUUCUCGAAUAAUUUAUCUUCAGGAGGGAUGCUUGCUAACUAUGAAAAUUCCAAAGAUGUUCAGCAGGAACUUUCGUCCUCAAUUGUUUCACAGUCAUUUGGAGUUCCAGAUAUGACAUUUAAUCCAAUUGAUUCCACGAUAAAUGACAGCAGUUUCAUGAACAGGGCUCACUGGGCACCACCACCACAGUUUCCUCCAAGAAUGUGGUCGUAUACUAAGGUGUACAAACGUGGAGCCGUGGGGAGAUCAAUCGAUAUUACACACUAUUCUGGUUAUGAUGAGCUGAAGCAGGAUCUUGCUCGUAGGUUUGGUAUAGAGGGGCAAUUGGAAGACCGGCAGAGGAUAGGCUGGAAGCUUGUGUAUGUGGAUCACGAACAUGAUGUCCUGCUAGUGGGGGAUGAUCCAUGGGAGUAAGGCCUUAACUCCUCUACCAAUGAGUUUGUCCGCUGCGGUCUCUGCAUUAAGAUCCUAUCACCACAAGAAGUACAGCAGAUGAGCUUGGAUGGAGAUUUCAGGAAUUACGUUCUUCCCCAUCAAGCGUGUAGCAGCUCUGAUAACGGGAGUGCUUGA